AUGAAUCAGAAAGGGACAGUACGUCUCAAGGCACUUGUGCUCAUUUGCCUUCCACUCUUUUUAAUUGCCACACCGGUUCCUGUUGCAGUCACGGAAGACGAUCGUCAGGACCGAAUCGAAUCGGAAGCCGCCGAGAAAGAGUGGGCUAACACCCUAGUCAGCAAAGUAGCACAGUCAAAUGGAACUGGCACUAUUAAGGUCUCGGCACCAGCGAAGCCCACGUUAAGGAGAAUGGACAAUGAGGAGGAUGAAGUGAUUUCGAUUGAAUGUGUAUACUACGACGAGAUGGAAUGCGAAAAGAGUGGCGAUUGUGAAAUCACAAAGAAGACGUGUUACAGUGAAGCUCAUCUGAAAGCCGUCGGAUGCUUGGCCGUAUUUGGGCUGCCCACGCAAGAGAUAAACUCUACAGAACCAUACCUGAAAGUUGAUAAACCGCAAUACAAAAGUCUGGGAUGUAUGCCGUAUCAGCACGCGGACUCGAUGAACUGCGAGAACGAAAGCUCCUGUCGCCAAGGACGAUCAUUUCGCGGCGGAAUUGGAAUGUGCUGCUGUUCGACCAACAAUUGCAACAUGCCGGAUCUCAUCGAGAUGGUCAACCCGUCAUUGAAGAAGGAUUCGGAUAAUUCUGCACUUCUGUGGGCUUCAACUCCAUCCAACAUGGAUUUGGAAUCUCUAGACAAGUUCCCAUUCUACUGGAUCAUCAUAAUCGCACUGUCAGUGAUCCUUUGUAUUGCACUCUUGAUCUUGGCAUACGUUGGUUGGAAAUUUCAGCAGAAUAAGAAGGAGGAGAUAAAAAAGCAGCAGAAAAUUAAAUUUGACAUGGAAAAAACUGACGCACUGGAAGCUGGAAAUGUGCCUCUCGUGGAGCCGGAAGAGGAAAUGAUUGAAAUGGUGGAGACACCAAAGGAGCUGCCGAUCACUGAUUUUCAGUUAAUCUCAAAGGGACGUUUUGGAAAAGUUUUCAAGGCGCAAUACACCCCAGACAGUGGUGAGAAACGAUUGGUUGCGGUGAAGAAAUUGAACGAAUUCCAAAAAGCGAGCUUUUUGGCGGAGAAAAGAAUCUUUGAUGAGCUUAACGAGUACCCGAAGUGGUAUAAAAGUAUCGUCGAAUUUGUGUGCGCCGAGAAAAUUGGUGAUGAGUAUUGGAUUGUGACCGAAUUUCAUGAGCGACUUAGUCUCUAUGAGUUACUCAAGAAUAAUGUAAUUAGUAUUACAUCUGCCAAUCGAAUUAUUAUGUCAAUGAUCGAUGGGCUUCAAUUCUUGCAUGACGACAGGCCGUACUUCUUUGGACACCCAAAGAAGCCAAUUAUUCACAGAGAUAUCAAGUCGAAGAACAUUCUUGUGAAAAGCGACAUGACCACAUGCAUCGCGGACUUUGGCCUCGCCCGAAUCUACAGCUAUGACAUUGAGCAAAGCGAUUUGCUGGGUCAAGUGGGAACGAAACGCUACAUGUCACCAGAGAUGCUCGAAGGAGCAACCGAAUUCACGCCAACUGCUUUCAAAGCGAUGGACGUUUAUUCGAUGGGACUCGUCAUGUGGGAAGUCAUAUCCCGUACCAAGUUGCACCAAACCGACGAGCCACCAAACUACCAAAUGCCGUUUCAAGUCAUCGGAUUUGAUCCCACAAUUGGUCUCAUGAGAAAUUAUGUGGUGAGCAAGAAGGAACGACCACAAUGGAGAGAUGAGAUUAUUAAACAUGAAUAUAUGAGUCUGCUAAAAAAGGUUACGGAAGAGAUGUGGGAUCCCGAAGCGUGUGCACGGAUUACAGCUGGAUGUGCGUUCGCGAGGGUAUGGAAUCAUAUUAUGAGCUCACCGGACAGUUCGGAGGGGUAUCACAGUGGAAGUAGUAUGAAGAAUCGGGGUGUUGAUGAUGUUGAACAAAGUGAGAAGCCGGAGGGUAUCGAAGAAAUGCAACAUUAUCAUGCGUCGUCACCCAGCAAGAGACAACAUCCUAGUCCGAAUCCGUUUUUUGAUUCGUGUCCACCACCUCCGCCGAUUCCUGUGAUCCUUGAAAAUGGAGGAAUCCUCCAACCAGACAACGCGGAGCCAGAGCCCGAAGAGCUGCCGGAUCUCCCGAUAGUCGAGAAAAUCUACGAUAUUGCGACGAACAUGCUAUUCUCAAGAGAAGAGCUUGACCUUAUGAAUGCUCAACGGCAAGUUGAAUACGAAGCUGGGGCAGACACUCGAGCGUCGACACCAACGCCUUCAGGGACGUUUGGAACGUUUACAACAUAACUAUUCAUUCAAAUCUAACAUUAUUUUAUAUUAUGAUUAUACUCCCAUCCUCUCCUAUUCUAGUCUAUAUGUAGCGGUGGACACCUCACGGGCCCCUCGCCGCUGGCCCACCACCUUGUCUCUACUUACGCGUCCCCUAAUGAUCUCAAUUUGAGCACAACCGGUGUAUAUAUCAACUUACAGACGUUCAAUAUAAGAACCGCUAAAAGUUCUAUGUCUUCGUCGUCUAAAACUCUUCCAAAAUCUCUGAUCUCUUGCAUUGUCUCUCACUCAACCAAGUUGCCCACUCUCAUCCAACUAACUCAAAAACUUACCUCAGCCCAUGGGGCAUCCCCAUAUUCUCUCAUUCAUUCACUAUAUUCAUUGAUCUGUGAUAACUUUGUAUUGGCAGUUCACAUCACACAAGAAUCUUUUUUUGUAUAUCAGUUGAUUAUUUAUUCUUCAUUUUUUACACUUAAAAUUAAAUAAUGUUUCUUGCU